AGAAACUACCUAUGAAAACAAAAUGAUUUUAACAUCCGUUAGAAAUAUUGUUCAGUUCACCGAAUGUCGUUUAUUAUUAUCAAUACCCAUGAGUAAUAUGUGUUAACUUAUGACGUCGUUGGUGCUAAUUGAGUUCUGAAGUCGGAUGUGAACAUGUUCUCUGGCCCGUGGACCGUGAAGAUGACUUGUCUUACACCUGUCAAUGUUAAGCGCAACUUGUUGUUCACAAUGCAGUUUCAAGGCGCAAUUUGAAAGUGCACUAUCGAUGCAUCACCAGUUGCACCACGAAGCGCAUGAUUGGGAUUACAAGCCCGUAAAAGGGACUGAAGUUAAAUCGAAUACAAUUCCAAUGGAGAAAAUCUAUAAUAGUAAGGACAGAGGCAACAAAAAUCUAGGAAGGACAUCAUCAGCAACUAAAUUGUUCGAGAAGCUGCGCGCGCGCAUCUGUCGAAGCAAGACGCUGUUUCCGCACCCUGAGGAAGGAAAUAACCUUAAUAUUGUCAAUUUUGAUCUAUCAGCCCAAAGCGAAUGCACAUCAAAAGCGAUGCAAGAUCUGCCAUCUUGUUGUAGCGCUCUAUCCGAUGUACAGGAGUCACGCAAGGAGACGUUCUCGUGCCACUUGUGUUCCUUUGAUGCGGACCGAAUAACAGUUCUCGACCGCCACCUCCUCAAUGAUCACAAGAUCGGCCUCGAAAACCUACUAAAAUUGGUAAUGGCGAAAACAAAAGACGGUCUCGCCGAUGAGAAACCGGCGCAAAUGUACGGCAUUCGACAACCGUAUUACAGACCGCCCGACGAUAUUAUAGAAAAUGGAGAAUUUAUUAUAGAAACUGUAACACCAAAGAUUAAAAUACUUAAACACGCGGCAACUAACACAGAUCUAAAAUACACAGACAUACCAGAUUUGACAGACAAUUGUAAAGUUAUUUCUCGAGAAAUAGAAAAGCUGUUUGAAGUGCCAAUAGAGAAAUGUGAUAAAGAUGCGUUUUUUAGUAAAAUGCAGAAUUUAAAUGAGUGUAUGUGCAAAUUCGUGGAUUCGUCGAACACGCUCAAGCGGGUGUUGACGAAGGAAUUCGUGCAAAAGAAGAAUUUGGAUCGCACGAACAAUGAACCGUUCUUUGAAUUGGGUUUGGGGGAUCGAGAGUCACCUAGAGACUGGGAGAGGGCUCACAGUGAAAAACUGGAGAGAAAUAGAAGCAAGCAUCCUGAAACUAGGAGCGAUAGACUGAAAUUAUCUUCAGAUAGUUUUUACUUUUGAUAGACGUUUAAUAUUUGUAGCAAUAAAACAUAUUUAAAUAAAGACAUAUGAA